GAAGUUCCUUACAAAAAUGGAUGAAUUGGAGGAACACAACAUUGAGAAAUGGAGAGAGGUCCUUCGCGACAAGCAGCGGCCGUUCGUGUGCAUUGACCCAGACGCGAGUCUGUUCGAGGCAAUACGCACCCUGAUCCACAGCCACGUGCACCGACUUCCCGUCGUUGACAAGUACACGGGCAACGCCAUCUACAUCCUGACUCACAAGCGGAUAUUGCGCUUCCUAUAUCUUCAUAUCAAUGACUUACCGAAGCCUUCAUUCUGGAACCAGACCAUUAAAGAGCUGGAGAUAGGAACGUACAACAAUGUCAUCACGGCUUCACGGGAGACGACGGUGUACGAAGCCCUGAACCUGUUUGUUGAGCACCGGAUAUCAGCCCUGCCGGUUGUGGAUGAUGACAGAAAGGUUGUGGACAUCUAUGCCAAGUUUGACGUGAUUAAGCUGGCUGCUGAAAAGACGUAUAACAACUUGGGCAUCACUAUCCAGCAAGCGUUGCAGCACAGAAAAGGGGCGAGCUGUUUUGAGGGCGUUGUGAAAUGCGUGGAGACGGACUCCCUGAAGAUAGUGGUGGACAAGAUCGUGCGUGCAGAGGUGCACAGGCUCGUGAUUGUUGACGAGGAGGACCACGUGAUAGGCAUCAUCUCUCUCUCCGACCUGCUGAACCACCUCAUACUGAAACCCAUGGGCAGUGAAGUUCCAGAGAAGAAAACCUCCACAUCCUGAAGCCAGACUUUCAACAUAAGAUGGAGGUGAUACAAUCAUGAUGGCCAAUCAAAAAACCAGUUUAACAAUUCCUAAUUUGAAUGGCCAAUCAGAAUAUGUUAAGCAAAGUCCAAAUCAAACUGGCCAAUCAAAAUUUACUGGCCAAUCAUAAUAAGUUAAACACAUGGUUUUCCAAUCUCUUUCAAUGUGUAGAAAUAUUAUCUUAUUUAAGUGAAACGUGUGGCUACAGGGAUCUAAAUGUGGAAAAUAAGUGAGGAACAGAGUCAUGGUGUGAUUGGCAGAUGUCCACAGAUUGGAUGUUACGUGCAUUUUGAUUGGCCCGUUUGAAAUUGCUGGGAAAUACCUGUGAAAAUAAUUUACAGAUGGCAAAGUGAAAUGUGCUGUGAUGUGAUUGGAUGUUGAAUGUAACAUCUCAACUGAAAAGAGAAAAGACAGAUUAAAACAUGCUUGGUUAUGCUAGUUUCUAAACCGUUCAUGUUUUACAUUUACCAUGUUAAUGAACUUUACUUCAUCUUGGUAUUUUGAGACACUUGUUCAAAAUGUGAUGUAUCCAAGCUAACCAGAUUUCAUUUGCCAUAUUGGCUGCUGUUUGCAUUUUGUUUAGCAAGAUCAUCUAUAUCAGUUUAUCCGAGUAAUUGUUUGUACUUUUGUGGACUGUUUUAUUUUUGUUACUAAGGUUUUGGUGAAUCUGUAAAGAGGUUUUAAGCCAGUAAGUCUGUGCUUAAGCAUCUAUUGAUAUUUUGCUAUAUUUAAAUGUUGGAUUAUGAUAGUUGCCAACCUAAACAAUGUUUUUAUUGCAUUAACAGUUGAUAGAUUUGUAUCUUUAAUGUCUCUCAUACAUGUGUAUUUCAUUUAUCCACUUCACAAGUGGAUGUCAAUUUAUUAAAGAGUUAAGUAAUCUAGAAGUAACAAACUGAAUGUGUAUGUGUAUGCCAAUAUCCCCUUCAAAAGUGGAUGUCAAUUUAUGUAAGAGAUUAAGUAAUUUACAACAAAAAAACUGAUUUUUUAUGAUGUGAGGGUUUCAACCUUUACCACUCUGCAUAUAUUGAGUUAGCUUAAUAUCUACAAUCGCAUAUUUGUUUUACUAUUAGUACAUUGGAUAAAUAAGACAAAACUAUGUUUAAAUUAGAUACUUAUGUAUUUGUUAACUGGCAUAUUAAAUGGUAAAUAUCAGGCUAUGAACAAUUCAUAUUUUAAACAUAUG